UUAUUUAGUGAGGUAGAAAUAGAGAUGAAAGAUGUCUCUCAAGGCGAUGCCGAUUUGGAUGUACCAUGGUAUUCAAGACGAUUACCAGUUCAACGAUGUUGCCAAGCCUGAAAACCUCACCAGACUUCCACCUCUCAAUGAACAAGAGGACACCCCUUACAUUCCAUGCAUCCUUCACACUAGUUCCUGGACUAAAGCUGCUCCUUUUAAAGAAGGAAAACAUUCCAGGGGAACCAGUAACCGGAUUGCUAACAACUACACCCCAUCAUCCAAAGGACUGCGUAUACACAGUCUAAAACAACCCUAUGUCCCUGAAAGAGCACCACCGUCGCCUCGAAAGCGACAGAAGAUCACUCGGAGUAAAACCGCUGGUCCCAGAUUGGUGAAAACAAGAUCCAGUACAGAGCCUGAGCUGUCAGUCAGGGAAUUUUGUCCACAGACAAAAGCUGCCUUAGCUGUUGAGUUCCCACCAUACACUACACCUACCUUUGGGCUACCCAGAUCUGCUGAUCCAAUUGAGCCUUGUCUUGGCAGGUACUAUGACCUGAUUGAAGUAGGUCUACCUAACGACAUGGUGGCUCCUCUCUCACAAGACUGGGUCCAUGCUGCUUACACUAUGAUUCCACCCCACCUCAUUACCAACUUCCCUGAUACAGUGUCGAAGUUAAACAUAGAGAUGAAGGAGGGGUAUGUAGACAGUUUGAAACAAGCAAUACUGGACUACAUACUGCUGGAUACAAACGAGCAGGCCAGGUUGGGGGUGACAUUGCCAGAGCAGGAGAUAAAAAGUGCUGGACGAGAGUAUUUUCCUUGGCACGAGAGAGUGGUGAGUGCCCGGGGUUUUCUGGAGAAAUCGCUCCACUCUACUCACCCCAUCAUGCUGGACCUCCUCGAGUAUUGGAGUCAGAAAAUGAGUGAUUUUAAUCUCAUAAAGGUGGAGGAAAUCAGAGAAGCUUUGCCGCUUACUAUAGAGCAAAUCCAAGCGAUGGUAGCGGCGCAGAGCAAAGCUGGAGCAGAGUUAUUGGAGAAGGAAUGGGUGGUUGAGUGUGUGGAGAUGAUUAAGAAUCAGCAGUCCAGUAUUGAGUCUAUAGUUCCCCAAGACGAGAACGGCCGAAGAUUGGCGAUGGAGCACUUCUUUAGUGCAAUAGCCACAGUUAUGUCUAACCAGCUGCGUGGUGCAGUACAGAAGGCUCUAAAUGAUUUCAUCGGCUUGUUGGAAGUGUAUCGGAAUGGUAACACUUACACUGGCGAAUACGAGAGAGGAUUACCUACUCUCAAAAACGCGAUUGUAAUUGGCUUGGAACCGAACCAGAGCUCAGCAUCUGUUCAGUUUGAACCAAGUUUUACAGACGUGUCAGCUGCUCUAGUGAACUGUUUAGCUAUAAUUGUUCUAAGUGUGGAGAAAAUACCACGUGUAGAGAGCAAGCUGUUUAUGGACAAAGAUUCUGAAGAUCCCAGGUUUAUAAGCUCGACCGGAACUGGUGACGACUGUGUUCUUGAGAUUGUAAAGCGAGUGGAGGCUAUAGUGGAGGUGAACAUGCCCGGACCUAUGAGUUACCGGUCAGUUUACAAGACUUACCAGCACUUACUGACACAGGAGGCUGAGAAUAAUACUGACCAGUUUCUCAGAGGAGAACACGAUCUGUUGGAGUAUCAGCAGGCUAUCGAGAAACACAAAUCUCUGACAGACAAAGUAAUGAAACUUAUUGUUAUUGUUCCUAUGCACGCCUUCGAACUGAACUGUUCCAAGAUGAACAAGUUUCUGUGUGACAGGAGUAACAUGCUGAGCAACAUGAUUCUCAGAGACAUUGUGUUCCGAUCCCGGACAGUCAACAAGAACAUCUGUGAGCAGUAUGACAGUAUCGUGACUAGGAUCACUACCAUCCCUGAUAGUACUGAGGAUCUGGUUGCCUUGAUGAAGUUCCUGGAGAAGUUAGAGUUGAAGGAACUUCAGGAUCUUAAGAAUCAACUGAUCCCAGCUGCAGAGAACCUCAUGUUUCUGCUUGAUUACGCGACACUACCAGAGGAGGAUAUCAAACUAAAUGAUACGACCUUCUCGUGGCCGGACAGGAUACUGCCAAUCAUUAGUUACAGUGAAAUGAGACUCAGAAAGAAGAACGAACAGGCAACAGAUAACUUAUCCGGCUGGAAGAAGGAGUUCCAGGAGAGAGUUAACAAAGCUGUGGAAGAUACUGACGCCUUCAGAACCAAGGACAGGCUAACAGAGGCUCCUACUUAUGUAGAGCAGCUGAAGGAGCUGGGAGAGAGGCUGGCUGCGUAUGCUACUGAGCGAGAUACUAUCAACAGAGAGGAGGAGCUGCUGGAGGUACCCGAACCCACGCAAUACCCUCAAAUAGCAGAGAGCAUGUUGAUGAAGGAGCCAUUUGAUAAGCUGUGGAACACUGCUGUAAGGUUCCAAGAGCGGUAUGAUACUUGGACUAAGGGACCCAUUCUGGGACUCAAUGCUGAGGAGGUCGCCGAGGAGGUGGGUAACCUAUGGAGAGUCAUGUACAAAUUAGUGCGUUCUUUCACCGACCUCCCUGGACCAAUGAGAGUUGCUACAACAGUUAAAAACAGACUGGAUAAGUUCAAACUUCACCUGCCACUCUUGGCAACUCUGUGUAAUCCUGGUCUCAGAACCAGACAUUGGACUACCAUGUGCGAGGCGGUUGGUUACGAUAUAACACCCACUGAAGAAACACCACUCUGUGAAACUCUGAGUUACGGUCUUGAGAAACACAUCGAACAGCUGGAGGAGAUAUCUGGUGUGGCCAGUAAGGAGUACGCUCUGGAGAAAGCCAUGCAGAAGAUGAAGACUGAAUGGGCCGAUGUUUGCUUUGUGUUUAUUCCUUAUCGAGACACUGGUGUCUCUAUUCUAUCCUCAGUUGAAGACAUCCAGAUGUUGUUAGACGAUCAUAUUGUAAAGGUUCAAACGAUGCGAUCAUCUCCGUUCAUUGGACCUUUUGAGGCUGAGUUCAAGGAGUGGGAAGCUAAGCUGCAGUCGAUGCAGGAUAUUAUAGAUGAGUGGCUGAAAGUGCAAGCCACGUGGUUAUAUCUGGAACCUAUCUUCUCCAGUGAAGAUAUCAUGCAGCAGAUGCCCGAGGAAGGUAAGAAGUUUACAAUAGUGGACGGAUUCUGGAAGGACAUAAUGAGCGAGGCAGUGGUAGACACAAAAGCGCUUGUGGUGACAACGAUAAACAACAUGCUGACCAAAUUGCAACAAUCUAAUGCAUAUCUGGAAGAUAUCCAGAAGGGUCUGAACAAUUACCUCGAGAAGAAACGACUCUUCUUCCCUCGGUUCUUCUUCUUAUCUAACGAUGAGCUGCUGGAAAUCUUGUCAGAGACAAAAGAUCCGCUCAGGGUUCAGCCCCAUCUUAAGAAGUGCUUUGAGGGCAUUGCUAAGUUGGAAUUUACUGAAAAGAAGGAAAUUGUUGGCAUGAUAAGUAGUGAAGGGGAGACUGUCCCAUUCGAUACAACUAUUAUUCCUGCUGACGCUAAAGGAAUGGUUGAGAAAUGGCUCAUCCAGGUACGGGACGUGAUGAAGUCCUCUCUGGUGAAUAUCGUAAAGGAGAGUGUAGAAGCGUACAAGAACACUGACAGAAAGGAGUGGGUUAUUGACUGGCCCGGGCAGGUAGUCCUGGCAGGGUCUCAGAUCUAUUGGACCACUGAAGUGGAGGAGGCGAUUGUUAAAGAAAACGGUCUGAAAGAUUACCUCCUAAUACUGAACGCUCAAAUAAACGAUAUCGUAGAGCUGGUCCGAGGACCUCUUAACAAAGGAGCACGUGUGACGCUCAGUGCGCUGACCACUAUUGACGUGCACGCGCGAGACGUGGUGGAGGAAUUGACACACAACUUGGAGUUGUCAGAUGUUAACGACUUCGAUUGGAUAGCUCAGCUGAGAUACUACACUAAUGGGGAUGAUGUUGAUGUGAAAAUGAUAACAACUACAGUAAAGUAUGGAAAUGAAUAUCUAGGUAACAGUGGCCGGCUGGUUAUUACUCCUCUGUCUGACAGAUGUUACAGAACCUUAAUGGGAGCCCUGCUUCUCAACCUUGGAGGAGCACCUGAGGGUCCUGCUGGAACCGGCAAAACAGAAACGUGCAAAGAUUUGGCUAAAGCUGUAGCGAAGCAAUGUGUCGUGUUUAACUGUUCCGAUGGUCUUGAUUUCAAGGCCAUGAGUAAAUUCUUCAAAGGACUCGCUCAGGCUGGAGCGUGGGCAUGUUUUGACGAGUUCAACCGGAUUGAACUGGAGGUGUUGUCUGUGGUUGCUCAACAGAUUCUCAGUAUUCAGAGAGCUAUACAGUGUAAACAGAAACGUUUCCUCUUUGAAGGAACUGAUUUGACGCUGGAUCCCUCCUGCGCUAUCUUCAUCACCAUGAAUCCUGGUUACGCCGGACGUUCUGAACUGCCUGACAAUCUCAAGGUCCUGUUUAGAACUGUGGCUAUGAUGGUUCCUGACUACGCCCUUAUCGGCGAGAUCGUGUUGUACUCGAUGGGAUUUGUGGAUGCUCGUGCGCUGGCUCACAAGAUUGUGGCUGUGUACAAACUGUGUUCUGAGCAGUUGUCUUCUCAGCACCAUUACGAUUACGGCAUGAGGGCUGUUAAGAGUGUGCUUACUGCUGCUGGAAAUCUUAAACUCAAAUUCCCUGAUAAUCAGGUAUCUGAGGAUAUUAUCAUGUUGAGGUCCAUCCGGGAUGUUAACCUCCCCAAGUUCUUAGCUCAUGAUCUGCCUCUGUUUGAUGGUAUUUUGUCAGAUUUGUUCCCUGGAGUGACCCUACCAAAGCCGGACUACACAAUCUUGUUGGAGAGUUUGCAUAUCAGUCUUGCCAACCUAAAGCUUCAGCCUACUCCGUGGUUUAUCGAUAAGAUUAUCCAGAUCUACGAGAUGAUGUUAGUGAGGCACGGUUUUAUGAUAGUCGGAGCUACCAUGGCUGGAAAAACAUCUGCUUAUGAAGCUCUGGCUGGAGCUCUCAAUGAUUUAAAUAAGAAAGGACUACUAGAAGAAGAGAAGUGUAUACACAAAGUGAUCAACCCCAAAUCUGUAACCCUCGGACAACUGUACGGAAGCUUUGACCCGGUAUCCCACGAGUGGACAGACGGUGUCUUGGCGGUCUCCUUCAGAAAGCAAGCCAGUGCCCAGGUGAAAGACCGACAGUGGCUCAUAUUUGACGGUCCUGUGGAUGCUAUCUGGAUUGAGAACAUGAACACUGUACUAGACGAUAACAGGAAACUAUGUCUUAUGUCGGGAGAGAUUAUCCAGAUGCACCCUAAUCAGAGCUUGAUCUUCGAGCCUGCUGAUUUAGAGGCCGCAUCUCCAGCCACAGUAAGCAGAUGUGGUAUGAUCUACAUGGAGCCCUCCCAGCUAGGAGUGGAGCCUAUCAUCACCAGCUGGAUGGAGAAUAUGGUUCCCAAUGGAUGCUCAGAUCAGCAGAGGACGAUGUUGGGACUUCUGCUCAAUUGGCUCAUACCUCCCAUUCUUGAAUACGUUCGACGAAACGGUAAAUUCUUCAUGCCGAUGUCGGACUCGCACAUCACAAGUGCAAUUCUAAAACUAUUCGAGUGUUUCCUACUUGACUUCUGGGUGGAUGAGAGCGACUCGAAGAUUCGGUUAAGGUCAGACGAUGACGAAGAAGUCCCCAACGAACUUCAUUCUGACAAAUUCACAAACCAUCUUCAGAUGUUGUUCCAGUUCUCUCUCGUCUGGGCCGCAGGUUCCAUAUUAAAGUACGAGAGUCGGCCUGCAUUUGACGAGUUCUUCCGUACUCUGUGCUCUGGCACCAAGGUAGAAAACCCACGGCCAGCUGAUCUCAAGAUGGCAAAGAACGUCCAAAUCCCACAGAAGGGUCUUGUAUUUGAUCAUGUUUUCAACAAGGAGAAUAAUGGAUUUGUGUCAUGGGAAUCCACGAUGCUGAGACACACUAUUCCAGAUGAUAUUCAGGUUAACCAAAUCAUCAUCCCAACGGUUGAUACCACGAGACAGAAGUACCUUGUCAGGAAGUUCAUAGAAAACAACUGUCCCUCCCUGAUUGUUGGUCCGACGGGGACUGGAAAAUCUGCCAUUACAAAUAACUUCAUUCUUAGUCUCCCUGCCGACAAGUACAUGCCGAACUUCAUCAGUUUCUCCGCCCAGACUUCAGCAAACCAGACGCAGGACAUAAUAUUGUCUAAGUUAGACAAAAGAAGGAAAGGUCUGCUUGGACCCCCAGUUGGCAAGAAAUGUAUCCUGUUUGUGGACGAUCUCAACAUGCCCCAGAAGGAACAAUAUGGGGCACAGCCUCCUGUAGAGUUGCUCAGGCAAUGGAUUGAUAACGGCAACUGGUAUGACAGGAAAGACACAAGUCGAAUAGAGAUGAUCGACCAAGUGCUGAUCACAGCCAUGGGCCCGCCAGGUGGUGGACGCAAUGAUAUCACAGCACGUUUCACCCGACAUCUUGUCGUUAUUGGUAUUGACAGUUUCACAGAGUCAGCUUUGAAAGGAAUAUUUUCAACCAUCAUGGACUGGCACAUGUCCACAGGAUUUGAGGGUUCUUACAAAGCCAUGACUAAAAUUUUCAUCGACUCAACUUACGAUAUCUACAAGUUUGCGAUAGAGAAUUUCUUGCCAACUCCCACAAAAUCGCACUAUGUAUUCAACUUGCGAGAUUUCUCAAGAGUUAUUCAAGGCAUGUUGUUGCUGAAAGGCCAGAGUGCAGACUCCUCAGCUAAAAUGUAUCGGCUGUGGGUACACGAGGUGUACAGAGUGUUCUAUGAUCGUCUUGUAGACCCAGCUGACAGGCAGAUGUUCUUCACUUUCAUCAAGAGUAUAGUGUCGGAUAAGUUCAAGCAGAACUUUGGUAAGACCUUCUCUCAUUUGGGACAAAUCGGAAAAGAGGUCUCUGAUAACGAUCUUAGGUCACUGUUCUUCGGAGAUUAUAUUAAUCCUGCCGACGUCAAUAAACUAUACGACGAGAUUACAGACUUUGAUGCCCUUAAAGAUGUUAUGGACAACUCGUUGGAGGAUCACGAUGCUAUCAGUAAAGCCCCGAUGAAACUAGUCAUGUUUAGAUAUGCUAUUGAGCAUGUUUCCAGGAUAUCCCGUAUCUUGAAACAGCCUAACAGCCAUUGUCUCCUGGUGGGAGUUGGUGGAAGUGGUAGACAGUCUUGUGCUAGGUUGGCUACCCACAUGGCUGAUUACGAGCUGUUUCAGAUAGAGAUAACCAAGCAGUAUGGUAUGGUAGAGUGGCGGGAUGAUUUACGAAGGCUACUCAAGAUGGCUGGUUUUGAUGGUAAACCAACUGUCUUCAUGAUGAACGAUAACCAGAUAAAGUCGGAGAGCUUUGUUGAGGAUAUCAACAUGAUCCUGAACUCUGGAGAUAUUCCUAAUUUGUACGAGCCUGACGAGCGUGGUGAGAUAUUGGAGAGGAUGCAACAAGUUGCCACUGAAAACAAGGCCAAGAUCGAGUUUACUCCUUUUGCUUUGUACAACUACUUCAUAGACCAGGUCAAGAACAAUCUUCACGUUAUACUUGCAUUUUCACCUAUUGGAGAUGCGUUUAGAACAAGAUUGAGGAAGUUCCCAUCGCUGAUUAACUGUUGUACAAUUGAUUGGUUCCAACCGUGGCCUAGUGAUGCUCUGGAGAUGGUGGCUAACAAGUUCCUUGAGGAUAUUAACGUUGACUUCGACGUUAAAACCUCCAUAGUGAAAAUGUGCAAAACAUUCCACACAUCAGUAGUAGAACUCUCAGAAAGGUUCCAGGAUAUUAUGCAACGAAUCAACUACGUUACUCCAACAAGUUAUCUCGAACUGAUCAAGACCUUCAAGAGACUUUUGGGACAGAAGCAGAAGACUUUGUUGGAUAUGAAGACCAGAUACGUUGUAGGGUUGGAAAAGUUGGAAUCAGCAGCGAGCGAGGUUGCUAUUAUGCAGGUUGAACUGGAGGCUCUGAAACCUCAACUGGAGGUGACAUCACGAGAAACAGCUGAUCUUAUGGUCCGGAUCGAGGCAGAAACCGUCGAGGUUGAAGCCAAGAAAGAAGUUGUUGAAGCUGACGAGAAAGUUGCAAACGAAGCAGCUGCUGGGUCAAAGGCAAUAAAGGACGAGUGUGAGGCGGAUCUAGCUGAGGCGCUUCCUGCCCUCAAAUCUGCCAUCAAGGCUCUUAAUACUCUCAAACCUUCCGAUAUCAGUUUAAUGAAGUCGAUGAAGAAUCCGCCUCACAUGAUACGAUUCGUGAUGGAGGCAAUUUGUGUGAUGAGACAAGUCAAGCCUGACCGUAAACCUGAUCCCAGUGGAACAGGGAAGAUGGUUGAGGACUUCUGGGGACCAUCACAGAAGCUUCUGAGUGACAUGAACUUCCUUGACCACUUGAAGUCCUACGAUAAGGAUCACAUUCCUCCGAAAGUUAUUAAAGUUAUUCGGGACAAAUAUACCAGUAAUCCUGAUUUCGUCCCGAAACUGGUUGCGAGUGUGUCCGGUGCCGCUGAGGGACUUUGUAGCUGGGUAACAGCAAUGGACAUCUACGAUAGAGUCGCUAAGGUUGUUGCUCCAAAGAAAGAAAAACUAAAAGAAGCAGAGGGACUUCUCAAAAUCCAAAUGGAUGCUCUCGCUGAAAAGCAAGGCGAGUUAAAGGCGGUGCUCGACAGACUUCAGCUCCUUAAUGAUGAUCUUGACCUGAAGAAAACAAAGUUAGCUGAGCUUGAAGAUGCAAAGGAGAUGUGUGAAAAGAAGCUUGUGAGAGCAGAAAAACUCCUGGGUGGUCUCGGAGGAGAGAAAAUCAGAUGGACCCAGACUGCAAAGGACUUGGCGAGCUUGUUCGGCAAUGUGGCAGGCGAUGUGUUGGUCUCAGCAGGGGUCGUGGCUUAUCUCGGACCGUUCACAGCAGAUUUCAGGAUGGAACAAAUAGCCGAGUGGGUUAAAGGAUGCCACGACUUGGAGAUACCUUGCAGUGAAACCAUAACUUUGGCGGGAACUCUUGGGGAUCCAGUAAAAAUUAGAAUGUGGAAUAUCGCUGGUUUACCUGUGGAUACCUUCUCUACGGAUAACGGAAUUAUCGUGGAUAACACCUCGAGAUGGCCCCUGUGUAUUGACCCCCAGGGUCAAGCAAAUAAAUGGAUCAAGAACCUCGAGAAAGCGAACCAGCUCAAAGUUAUCAAACUUUCGGAUCCGAAUUAUGUGAGAACAUUAGAGAACAGUAUCCAGUUUGGUCACCCUGUGCUACUGGAAAAUGUCUUCGAAGAGUUAGAUCCUAUUCUGGAGCCAGUUCUACUGAAAACUAUCUUCAGACAAGCAGGUGUUGACUUAAUAAGGCUGGGAGAAAACUCUAUUGAAUACUCUCAUGACUUCAAGUUCUACAUCACCACCAAACUAAGAAAUCCUCAUUAUCUGCCCGAAGUUUCCGUCAAGGUAACAUUACUAAACUUCAUGAUCACGCCCAUUGGUCUACAAGACCAGCUCUUGUCAAUAGUGGCAGCAAAAGAGAAGCCUGAGCUGGAGGAGAAAAAGAACCAGCUGAUUAUUGAGGGAGCUGCUAGCAAGAAACAGCUGAAAGAGAUUGAGGAUAAGAUUCUGGAGGUGUUAUCCAGUUCUCAGGGUAAUAUUUUGGAGGACGAGACUGCUAUUCAGGUAUUAUCGUCCAGUAAGAUACUGUCCAAGGAAAUCUCUGAGAAACAGGAAGUGGCAAACAAGACCGAGGAGGAAAUUGACGCCACUCGAAAUGGUUACAAACCAGUAGCGGCCCACUCUUCCAUCCUCUUCUUCACAAUCAGUGACCUCGCCAGUAUAGACCCCAUGUACCAAUACAGUUUGGUCUGGUUCAUCAACCUCUACAUAGUCAGUAUAGAGGACUCAGACAAGAGCAACGACCUGGACGAGAGAAUAGAGAACCUGAACAAUCACUUCACUUACUCAAUCUACAGGAAUGUUUGCAGAUCACUCUUCGAGAAGGACAAGCUUCUCUUCUCCCUGAUUCUCUGCAUUGGUAUCCUGAAGGGUAAAGACAAGGUCGAUGAUACGGAGUGGAGAUUCCUGUUGACGGGGGGUGUAGCUCUAGAUAACCCCAUCCCUAAUCCAGCUGAAGAGUGGUUGCAGGACAAGGCGUGGGGUGAGAUUGUGAGAACACAGGAGUUCCCUGCGCUCAAAGAUUUGUAUAAGCAUGUGAUUGAGAAUCCUGAUAAGUGGAAGGAGGUAUAUGAUAACCCUCAACCACACGAAAUGGCAUUGCCGGAUCCGUGGCACUUGUCAUUGAGCCCAAUGCAGAAGCUGAUCCUGCUGAGAUGUCUGCGACCUGACAAGAUAGUUCCAGGUGUACAAGACUUCAUCGUGGAGCACAUCGGGCGAUCCUACAUUGAGCCACCUACCUUUGACUUGGCUGGCAGUUUUAAUGACUCCAACUCUUGCAGUCCGCUUAUUUUUGUUCUGUCUCCAGGAGCUGAUCCUAUGUCUGCUCUGAUGAAGUUCGCUGAUGAUGAAAGUAUGGGUGGUGAUAAACUUGAGACUAUUUCACUGGGUCAGGGACAAGGACCAAUCGCUGCAAAAAUGAUCAACAAAGCGAUCCAGCGUGGAACCUGGGUCGUCUUACAAAACUGCCAUUUAGCUGAAUCCUGGCUCCCUUCUUUGGAAAAGAUCACCGAGGAGACUAUCGUCCCUGAGAGGACUCACAAAUCAUUCAGGCUGUGGUUAACCAGUUACCCCAGUCCUAAAUUCCCUGUUACUAUUCUGCAAAACGGUGUUAAAAUGACUAACGAGCCUCCUAAGGGAUUAAGAGCUAAUCUUCUCAGAUCUUACCUAAAUGAUCCUAUGUCUGAUCCGGCCUUCUUUAAUGGCUGCACUAAUGGACAUGCAUUCCACAAGCUUCUCUUCUCGCUCUGCUUCUUCCAUGCUAUAGUCCAGGAGAGAAGGAAGUUUGGACCUCUCGGAUGGAACAUCCCUUAUGAGUUCAACGAGUCCGAUCUGAGAAUCAGUGUGAAGCAACUCCAGAUGUUCCUGAAUGAAUAUAAUGAAGUUCCCUAUAAAGCACUGGCGUAUCUGACAGGUGAGUGUAACUACGGUGGCAGAGUGACGGAUGAUAAAGACAGGCGGCUCCUUAUAUCUGUCAUGGACCGGUUUUACACGCCCGAUGUGGUUAACGAUGAUUCCUUUACUUUCUCACCCAGUGGUGAUUACUAUGCUCCUGUUGACGGUCAGUAUGAGAGCUAUCUGGAAUACAUCAGAUCUCUGCCUCUCAUACCCAACCCUGAGGUAUUCGGACUUCAUGCGAAUGCUGAUAUCACCAAGGACCAACAAGAAACAAACAAUCUGUUUGAUUCUAUCCUGAUCACUCUCCCAAGACAAGCGUCUGGAGUAGGGAAGUCUCCACAAGACGUUAUCACCGCCCUUGCUAACGAUAUAUUGAGUAAAAUGCCGAAAGAGUUUGACGAGGAGAAGGCGAUGAAGAAGUAUCCUGUGGUGUAUGCAGAGAGUAUGAAUACAGUGCUGUUACAGGAGUUAAAAAGAUUUAACACUCUCAUCGUUGUCGUGAGAAAGUCUCUUGUUGACAUUGGUAAAGCUAUAAAGGGGCUAGUGGUGAUGAGUCAGGAACUGGAGGCUAUGUUCGCGUCAAUGUUGGUCGGCAAAGUGCCAGAUUUAUGGGAUGCUAAAUCCUAUCCGUCUCUCAAACCAUUGGGAAGCUACAUUCUUGAUCUAGUGGCUAGACUCAAGUUCUUCCAGAACUGGAUCACUAAAGGAAUACCAAAAGUGUUUUGGAUAUCUGGAUUCUAUUUCACACAGUCCUUCUUAACAGGAGCAACACAGAACUUCGCAAGAAAGUACAAGAUACCGAUUGAUCAUCUCACAUUCGACUUCGAGGUCAUGGAAUCAGAGGAGACGAUGGAUGGCAAACCGGAAGACGGCGUCUAUGUGCACGGUCUAUUUAUUGAAGGUGCAAUCUGGGACAGGACUGAAAAGAUGAUGGGUGAAGCGGCCCCCAAGAUAUUGUACGAUACGAUACCUGUAGUAUGGCUUAAACCUGCGGAGAAAAAGAAUAUAUCCAAAGAAGGGAUUUACGAGGCGCCUGUCUACAAGACAUCUGAAAGAAGAGGAACUUUGUCUACCACAGGACACUCUACAAACUUUGUAAUGUUCAUGAUGAUGAAAUCAGACAAGCCACAGGAGCAUUGGGUGAAUAGAGGUGUAGCACUAUUAACUCAGCUGGAUGAUUAGAAACCACAUAAUGGGCUAUUUAGAGACCAACUGGCAUGAUUCAGUUCUGAGGCAAUUUCAUGUUCUAAUCAGAUGAGAUCAUGAUGGUCACGCCAGACUGCGAGUAUUGCAGAUAGUUGCAGAACCUAGCAACCGUCCUUACUCAUGCAUUUACCAGACUUAAGACUAGUCUUUGAAGAGACCUCGUGACUGAUGAAGAUUUUUGCAAUUGAGGUUUGGUGACCCUCAUAUUAUAGUUUUAGUCGGAUCAUGCGACGUUAAACGUUUACUGCUCCUCUGUUGCCAGCAAGUGCGUCAUCUCACAGUAGAGAACAAAGGAUUAAAGAGCGCACUAACAGUGAAAUGGAGUAGACAAUUGGGCUUUUGUAAACGCUGGGAAAUAGGGCUGCCUUGUUUUGAAAUUUAGUGUUCAGAUACUACUGCAUAGUGCAUAACAUAUGAAGUUGCGCUCCAGUUUCUUUCUUUCAGCAGGGAGCUGCUAAUUCAGCACAUUUUUUCAUUGUUGAUAAAGUUUUGUUGUACUUUCGAGCUUGAAGUUCACAAUCUACUGGAUUUAAGAAUGGUAAAGGGAACCUCUCAUUCAACAAAAAGAAAGAUGAGGUCAAAAUCUCUUUCAUUUGGGGCUGUUGGACGGUAAGCAGUGAUUUACUUGCAUCUAUAAUUAUUGAUGAAUAUGAUACUAUAAUUAAUAGAUGUUUUAUUUUAUACGGUCUUUUGAUAUAAGAGUUUUUCACAAAUAUUAGUACAGUUGUGGCUAACGGGGAUGAAUAUCUCUUCUCUGAUCGAGUUUUAUCUACAGAUUACUGUGUUUGUGGUAACACGGUCCAGUGUUACAUUUACAAUACUGUUAUGUUAUAUUAUUAAUAGCAACUUAGUUUUGUAAAAAGUGUACAGAUAUAUACUUAUAUAGUAAUCACAUUUUCUAUGAAAAA